AGACCCCGGUUGCGGUAGACCGGUGUAACGCUACAGGGCAGAACCCUUUCACAGCUUACCUCAGCCGCACGGAUGCUGCACCUCCCCUGUUUCCCCACUUGUUUCUUCCACAGCACAGUCGUCAACGUCAAAUCCUCAGGUCCCGCCCCCUCACCUAGUCCGUCCUCCCUGUCAGAGGCUGGACGCCGCUAUCUUUAGCCCUAGUGCCGGGGAUUAACGAGUAUUUGCAGAGCGCGAGUCGACUGAGUCACAUCCUUCUACCUGAGACGGGGCUGUAGCUGUAUUUUCAGCGACCGCCGUGUUCGCCGGCGUCUUCGGAUCUAAAGGAUAGCAAAGGAUGGGGGAAUGACAUAUCACAUGUCGUCUAAUCUGGUUCUCCGUUGUUAAGAAGCUUCGAAGGAUGCUGCUGUCCGGCAGCGCGUGGAGCGGGUACGGGUUUCUGCUGUGUAUGUGCGCGUGCUGGCUCCUGUUCGGCGGCGUCUCCACGAGCGUUCCAGUGAAAAGUCGAUGCCAUCAUCUGGUGUGUGCCGAAAAGGGGCGGCACUUCUGCAAGGCUGGCUCCUCCCACUGUGGCUCCUGCCUGUCCCCAUUGGUGGAGAACAAGGAGGGACUCUGUGUGGCCAAACCAAAGCACCACCGUCAUGGUACAGAGACGGUCCCUGAACUGGACCAGGAGAUCGACUUCCUGCACUCUGUUAUCGAGGAGAAGGAGGUGUCUGUUACCCAACCAAAACGACCCAAAGUGCAAGUGAACACCUCUUCCCGCUCUGAUACGAGGAUCUUCUUCGACGCGGUCGUACCGGACCGACCGGCCGCAGCCUCGCCCAACACCACCGCCCCGACCGGUUCCCCCCCGCCUCGGGACCCCAAGGGCCCCACCACUCCGGCACCUCAACCAAGGGCCACGGCCCUGGACAGCCGGGCUGGCCCCAGGGUGGCCCCGGUCUCCGCCCCCCUCAACGACAUCCUGGUCCUCGCUCUGAUCAGCCUGUUCGUGGCGUUUGGCAUCGUGUUUCUGAUCGUCGCAGGGGUCUGUUUCUUCAGGUUGCGGAGGGGAUCGCGCUUGGCCAAGAAAGCAGACUAUCCUGGGUUCAAAGGACCAGGCACGGUUAAUGGAACAUCGCAUGGUGAUGCAAAUCUCCAAAUGAGUGCUCAGAUGUAUCACUACCAGCACCAGAAACAGCAGAUGAUGUCCAUGGGAAAACACCAAGAGAGACACACGGAGCAGAAGGUCCCCGACUCUGAGAUGACGUCAGACGAGGAAGAGAUCGGAGGAGACUUCACCGUGUACGAGUGUCCCGGACUAGCACCGACAGGAGAGAUGGAAGUGAAGAAUCCACUGUUUGAUGACUCACCGCUACAGUACCAGGGACAUCAAAAGUGAAGACACACAAACACACACUAACAAACACACAGUCUCUGACAAACAGUCUCACACCACACACACACACACACACACACACACACACACACACACACACACACACACACACACACACACACACACACACACACACACACACACACACACACACACACACACACACACACACACACACACACACACAACACCACCCAACAGCACCCAGGCCAGAUGGGGCCAGAUGGGGCCACUACUCCACCAUGGUGGUGUUUUGAGGUUUCAUUGCCUUCCUGCCCCGGACCGGGUCCUGAUACGCUUGGUUAUUUUUGUGUUGUUGGAUUUGGUUUUCCUGCUGGGUUUUUCUGCAUUGUGAAGUUUCUAUUACAAAUGUAACUCUUGUUUGGUCUUUUUAAUGUUCCCCGUACUGGGACUUGUCUUAACUUAAUUUUGACAGUUAUUUCCCAAAGAACAUUUAACAUUGUGAUACACGUGCAAUAUUCACUCAGAUACAUACAAAGACACAAAUACAUCAUCUCGUGCUCUCUUGCUCUCUGUUGCAUUCCCUCUGACACACACACACACACACACACACACACACACAGCCCACAGACAAACACACACACACACACACACACACACACACACACACACACACACACACACACACAGCCCACAGACAAACACACACACAGCCCACAGACAAACACACACACACACACACAGCCCACAGACAAACACACACACACACACACACACACACACACAGCCCACAGACAAACACACGGCCCACAGACCGAAAGCAACAACACAGGUACCCUCUCCUGUGAUGUCAUUGUCAUGCGUUGCUUGUAGUUCAACCACAUUCUUUACAGCUACAACAUGUUAUACUAUUUAACCAAGAAACCUUCUAUACCUCCUGACAAAUACCCAGGAACAUUCUCAAAACCCCGAAACACGGUGAGUUUUGACCUGCAAAUAUAACCUUCUUGUUUUGCAAAUUGUAAUGAUAUAAAGAGCACAUAUCCACAUUUUAAAUCAAUAAAUAUAUAUAUAUAUAUACAUGCAUAUAAUAUAUAAUAUAAGUAUGAGACGGUUUAACUAAAGGUGUCUGUUGCAUGGUUUGAGUUUGGCGUGUUGGUGUGUUUGUAUGCGUCCUGAAUCGUUGGACUUGUGUGGCAUGUGGACGGCUGCGCUGGAAAGCACUUAAAGGGAACUCUCGGGGAAUGAGGUUUGACCAAUCAGACGACGGACAAGAAGUAUUGGCUCCUACUUCUUUCUCGCUAAUUUCCCCUGUCCUGUUCCGAGUCUACCUAUAGUGCUGCAAAAUGUACAUACAAAAGAAAAAGUGAAAGUAUUCACCUUUUUUAUAUUUGUACAUUUAAAAAAUAAAACUUUUUAUCAUGAUGCAUAAA